CGAGAACUGGACAACGAGCGGACGAAAACCAACCGGGCAGAACGGGCCCGAAGCCGACAAGAGGAGGACAGGCGAGCACAGGAGAAGGAGGAGUGUGAGGAGAAACGACAGUUACAGUACCUGCGUGAGAAGCUGGCCGAAAUGGAUCAGAAAACGCGCGAAACUGAGGAGAUUGUACGCCUACAGCUCUCCACCGCAUCCGCCCAACGUGAAGCAAUCUCUGGCCGGUCAAGUGUCCAGACCCCCGGUUCCCGCUUCGGUUUAGCUGGUUAA